UUCAGCCUGGGACUGGGGCUUCUCCCUCCCUUUACCUGAUGAUUUCCUGCUAGGAAGCUGGGUAGCUAUUGCCAGGUCCUGUGACAUCAAUUCCCCUACAAGGCUAUCCAGCUUCAUCUGCAAUGUGAUACCCCAGCCUGCACCACAUUAUGAUGACACAGCUACCAGAGGUCUCAUGGAAAUAUAGAACAGGCCCUGGAAGGAGAGCCAGAAUAUGAAGCCCUUAUUUGCACUGGUCCAUUUAUAAGAUUGGAAAUAUCUGCUAUAUCAAGUCAUCCGUCUGGAUGUGGAGGUCUUUUGAGAGAGAGGAUAUUCAGCAUUGAUAAACGGAUUUGCGGAUUUGCAUGGGGUAAAAACAGAGGCAAAAAUAAACUUCUGAAAUUGAAUCUCAGCACUUGAAUGAUGGCUCCUCAGCUGUAUACACAUGCUUUCAAUAUCUCUCCAGUAGAGAAUAGGAGAUUGUGUAUAAAUGGAACACCAUGGAUUUGGCAUCUCUUGGAAGAAUGUGUAGAAAAUGCGUGGGAGUACUGGAGUGUUGUCAUAGGACUGAUUUCCAUUGUCUGUUUUCUGUUUGCUGCACUACCUCAAAUUUAUGUUGCUUAUCAGAAUGGAAAAGUGGACCAAGCACUCUCUCUGGGCUUUUUGCUGUGUUGGAUUGGUGGGGACCUUACAAAUUUCAUAGGCUGUUAUUUAACAAAUCAACUGCCAAUUCAGCUCGUCACUGCCAUCUUUUAUGUUAACAUGGACAUAAUUGUGAUCUCACAGUUUGCCUACUAUAAGCUCAAGAAUCAGAAGACGACAAAAUGUAUGAGUUUUCAGAGGGGUCUAAAUGGAGGCAGCAUAAACCUGAAGAAUUUCUGUGUAACCUGGGUCUUGAUGUGUAUAACAUUGUGUGUAAUUUUACCCAGUCAGCUACUGCUACGAAACCAAGACCAGAGUACUGUGCUGGAAGCUAGCAAGAACACUCUUGGUAUGAUCGAAAUGUCAGGCUUCAUUUGUGGCUAUGUAUCUUGCAUGUUUUACUUGGGAUCUAGAUUUCCCCAGCUGUAUAAAAACUUCCAAAGAAGAUCCACGGAAGGCACAUCUUACCUGCUGUUUGCAUUAGCCAUGAUGGGAAACUGUACUUAUGGACUGAGCCUUGUUUUAAAGAUGCCUGCAGCUGAAUCUCUCAGAAACCUCUACUUUUUACACCAUCUUCCAUGGCUCAUUGGGAGCUUUGGAGUUCUGUUUCUAGAUAUUUUUAUGACGGCACAAUUUAUUAUGUAUCGCAAGCAGAACAAGAGAAGACCCAGUUUAGUGGCAUUGGAAGUGGAACCCUUACUUGUGAACGAAGAGGAUUCAUAACAUUUCUGUCUCUAUAUACUAUUAUUUUUUUUCAAUAAAGUUUACAUUUGGAGAACUUGAAGUUUUUUCACAG